CUGUGUCCUUAGUCACAAAGAGACACAGACAGGGGACUGUCAGCUGGUGCCGGAGGAGCGGAGCAAGGAGCCAUCAGCAAGUGGAAACACCUGAGGGUAGACGUUCUGCCCCAGCCCCCAGCAUGCUGCUGAGCAGGAUGUCCGCCGACGACCGCCACCUGGGCUCCAGCUGCGGCUCCUUCAUCAAGACCGAGCCUUCCAGCCCGUCCUCGGGCAUCGAUGCCCUCAGCCACCACAGCCCCAGUGGCUCGUCCGACGCCAGCGGCGGCUUCGGCCUGGCCCUGGGCACCCACGCCAGCGGUCUGGACUCGCCGCCUGUGUUCGCGGGCGCGGGGCUGGGGGGCACGCCGUGCCGCAAGGGCUACGAGGACUGUGCCAGCGGCAUCAUGGAGGACUCGGCCAUCAAGUGCGAGUACAUGCUCAACGCCAUCCCCAAGCGCCUGUGCCUCGUGUGCGGGGACAUUGCCUCCGGCUACCACUACGGCGUGGCCUCCUGCGAGGCCUGCAAGGCCUUCUUCAAGAGGACCAUCCAAGGGAACAUCGAAUACAGCUGCCCAGCCACCAAUGAAUGCGAGAUCACGAAACGGAGGCGCAAGUCCUGCCAGGCCUGCCGCUUCAUGAAAUGCCUCAAAGUGGGGAUGCUGAAGGAAGGUGUGCGCCUGGACCGAGUGCGCGGAGGCCGCCAGAAAUACAAGCGACGGCUGGACUCAGAGAGCAGCCCAUACCUGAGCUUACAGAUUUCUCCACCUGCUAAAAAGCCAUUGACUAAGAUUGUCUCUUACCUACUGGUGGCCGAGCCAGACAAGCUCUAUGCCAUGCCUCCCCCUGGCAUGCCCGAGGGGGACAUCAAGGCCCUGACCACUCUCUGUGACCUGGCAGACCGGGAGCUUGUGGUCAUCAUUGGCUGGGCCAAGCACAUCCCAGGCUUCUCGAACCUCUCUCUGGGGGACCAGAUGAGCCUGCUGCAGAGUGCCUGGAUGGAGAUCCUCAUCCUGGGUAUCGUGUACCGCUCUUUGCCCUAUGAUGACAAGCUGGUGUACGCCGAGGAUUACAUCAUGGACGAAGAGCACUCGCGCCUGGUGGGGCUGUUGGAGCUCUACCGGGCCAUCCUGCAGCUCGUGCGCAGGUACAAGAAGCUCAAGGUGGAGAAGGAGGAGUUCGUGACACUCAAGGCCCUGGCCCUGGCCAACUCAGAUUCCAUGUACAUCGAGGACCUGGAGGCCGUCCAGAAGCUGCAGGACCUGCUGCACGAGGCGCUGCAGGACUACGAGCUGAGCCAGCGCCACGAGGAGCCGCGGAGGACGGGCAAGCUGCUGCUGACGCUGCCCCUGUUGCGGCAGACGGCUGCCAAGGCCGUGCAGCACUUCUACAGCGUCAAACUGCAGGGCAAGGUGCCCAUGCACAAACUCUUCCUGGAGAUGCUGGAGGCGAAGGUCUGAGGGCCCUGCACACAGACAGACACACGGACGGCCCAAUGCAGAGACCUCCACAGCCACCAGCCUCAACCUUUCACCCCCGUAUUGCGGCUCUGAGCUGUCCCAGAGGAAGGGGUUUUUCACCCUCUGGCUGUUUGCAGACUCCCGGGGGCAGUGGGUGGGGAACAGGGAUGGGAGGG